UGUUUUUUUAUUUUUCCAUGGCCCUAAUCCUCUUCCGUAGCUUUACCCCCCUACAAAACCUUAUUUUUUAAACUCAAACUAGGCUUUUGUGAAUUUGUAUUGAAAUUAAUAGUUUGAUUCAAAGAACUACCUUUCCAUUUUUUUAAAGAAAAAUAAAAUUAAGGUAGAAGUUUGUGACUAAUCAAAGUGAUUGCUUGACACAACUUCCAAUCCUUUUAUUUAAUGAGUGAAAAAAUGAGCUUUAAUGGAAAAAAAUAAAGUAAACAGCAAGACCUUAGUGUCACAUCAGGAUCAGCUUGUAAAUGUGGAAAAAAAGACAAUUUAAUAACAGCUUUAUACUCAAGAUUACACGGUGUAAACUGGAACCUAACCUGAUUCUGAUUUGACCCAUAAGACACACAAAUAACAAAAAAAACUACAUAAUUUACACACUACUUUGUGUAAAUCUUGGAAUUUAUUGCUUAAAUUAACUUAAAUGUGUAAAUCUGAUUUCGACGUCUUUAGACAGAUUUGCUAAAAAUGGACACAAAAACGAAAAAAAAAAACACAAUUUUGACCUAGUAUGCUUGCCUUACUGUUUAUGUUAGCUUGUUAAAAGCUAGUUCAACAGACGUGCAAUGUGUCGCGCCGUGUCUGACAGCAACAAUGCAGUUAUUCUUUACUCCUUGACAAAGAAAUUAGCGUGAUGUCCCUUAUGUUAAACCGAUUAGGAUAAUAUAACUGCUAAAAAGCUCCGACAGACGUGGAAACCGUUCAUUGAUACUAAAUGAGUCGAAUUAAAGGCUUAACAGCGCUUUAUUUACUCAGAGAACAAACGAGCCCUUAGUUGGAGACAUGGCAAAAAUAUAAAAUGGGACUAUUGUCCAGUUUAACAACCGCUCUGCUCCUCCUCGCCUUUUCUUUGUUUGUUUUGUUUUAUAGCUUCACCCGCUUUUCCAACAAUGGAGUUCCGCUUGUCAGAUCAGUUAAUUACAGCUACAACGACCCAAAAGCACAGAAAACGUCAAAGGGCGACAUCCACCGAGCCAGUUGGCGCACAUUCGGCUUUCCCACAGAACGCGAAUGCACCAUUGACCCAGAGAGUCGGUUUGACUGCGGCCGGGACAGGCUGCUGAGUCAGGGGGAGUGUGAGGACAGAGGGUGCUGCUUCUCCCCUCUGCCCUCCCCUGUUGGACCCCCUUGGUGCUUCUACCCCCGCUGGUACCCUGGAUAUAAAAUGGGUCCCUUCUCUCCCAGCACACAUGGCAAAACUGCAAGCCUGACAAGAGCCAAGCCCUCCUAUCUUUUUAAGGAAAUCUCCCCCCUGACUCUUGAGGUGAUGGAGGAGUCUGCAGACUGCUUACAUCUCACCAUCAAGGACCCCUUCACUCAAAGGUAUGAAGUUCCACUUCCAGAAGGAGUUUCUCAUACCAAAGCUGAUGCUCAGGAUGUCCUCUUUACUGUUGAGUUUCACUCCGAACCAUUUGGUUUCAUAGUGCGGCGAGCAACAAAUGGAAGAGUGAUUAUGAACACGACAGUUGCUCCUCUGCUGUUUGCUGACCAGUACCUGCAGAUGUCCACCACAUUGGCCUCUUCGUUUGUGUCUGGCCUCGGGGAGCAUUACACCUCUCUGGUCCUGGACCUGAACUGGACGUCUCUGACUCUCUGGAACAGAGACAUGGCACCUCAUGCAGAUGCUAACUUGUAUGGCUCCCAUCCGUUUUACAUGGUACAGGAGGAGGGGGGUUUAGCACAUGGUGUUUUUCUUCUGAACAGCAAUGCAAUUGAAGUGAUUCUCCAGCCAACUCCAGCUCUCACCUGGAUAUCUACUGGUGGAAUCCUGGACCUGUAUGUCUUCAUGGGUCCUGACCCCCAAAGUGUUAUAAGACAGUACCUCCAGGUUAUUGGAUACCCCAUGAUGCCGCCCUAUUGGUCACUUGGCUUUCAUCUUUGCCGCUGGGGUUAUACCAGCUCUAAUGCAACACGGAGUGUUGCACAGCACAUGCACAGUGCCAAUUUUCCUAUGGAUGUGCAGUGGAAUGACCUGGAUUAUGCACAUGAACGAAAGGUGUUCACCUUUGACCCCAUGCGAUUUGGAGACCUGCCAGAAAUGGUUGAGGAGUUUCAUGAGAGAGGGAUGAAGUACAUCCUGAUUCUGGACCCAGGAAUCAGCAGCACCAGCCCCCCCAGGACCUACCCUCCUUUUGAAGAUGGGGUCAAACGAGAUGUCUUUGUUAAAAAUGCGAUGGGGGAAAUUCUGAUUGGCAAGGUUUGGCCGGGCCCAACUGCUUUUCCUGAUUUCACCAACGUGGAAACGAGGCAAUGGUGGGAGGACUGCAUCAGAAACUUUUAUUCUGAAGUUCCUGUCGAUGGUCUGUGGAUUGAUAUGAAUGAACCAGCCAGUUUUGUUCAAGGCUCAGUGGAGGGCUGUCCUGACAAUGAUCUCGAGAGACCACCUUACACUCCCAGAAUGGUUGGAGGUCAGCUGAACUCAGGAACUCUUUGCAUGUCAGCUCAACAGAAGCUGUCCACACACUACAACCUGCACAACCUAUACGGACUGACUGAAGCUUAUGCAACACACAGUGCCCUCAAGAAGAUUCAGAGGAAGAGGCCCUUUGUCCUGUCUCGCUCCUCCUUCCCUGGCAUCGGACGAUUCUCCGCUGUGUGGACAGGAGAUGUUCAAAGUGACUGGGAGCAACUUGGAUUCUCCAUCCCUGCCGUGCUGCAGUUCAGCCUGUUUGGAGUGCCUCUGGUAGGAGCAGACAUCUGUGGCUUUGGAGGAAACACCACAGAGGAGUUGUGCGUCAGAUGGAUGCAGCUUGGAGCCUUCUACCCAUUCAUGAGAAACCACAAUGACAAACCUAAUGCACCUCAGGAGCCAUUUGUAUUUGGGCAGAAGGCUCAGGCAGCUAUGAGAAGGGCCGUGAAUCUUCGGUACUCUCUUCUCCCCUUCCUCUACACUCUCUUCCACCAUGCUCACACCUCCGCAGCCACAGUUGCCCGGCCUCUCUUUAUGGAGUUUCCCUCGGACCCCAACUGUAAGAGCAUAGACCAACAAUUCUUGUGGGGGGGUUCACUUCUUAUCAGCCCGGUUUUGAAGCAAGGAGCAGUAAAAGUCAAAGCCUACCUGCCACUUGGCACUUGGUACAGCUUGUACAAUGGUCAGGCCUUCCACAGUAAGGGUCAGUUCUUUCUUUUGCCAGCCCCACUGGACACAAUCAACAUUCAUGUGAGGCAAGGACACAUUAUACCCCAACAGGAGCCAGCUUUGACAACUGCAGCCUCUCGCCGAAAGCCUUUCUUCCUGAUAGCUGCUCUGUCAGGAGACGGCUCAGCUCGCGGUGACUUGUUCUGGGAUGACGGGGAAAGUCUUGACACUUUUGAAAUGCAAAAUUACAGUUACAUCAUCUUCACAGCAGUACAGUUCCAGAUUGUUAGUGAACCCCUUAAGCUGAACGGGGCCCUAGACGGUUUGGUGUUGGCGGGUGUUCAAGUGUUUGGGGUCCUCUCGGCACCUAUUUAUGUUUUGGCAAACGGAGAAAAAGUCCUUGAUUUUGCAUAUCAAGCAGACACUAAAGUUUUGACAGUGACCAACCUGGCCUUGCCCAUGUCAAAGCCCUUCACAAUCCAGUGGGCUUCCUGAUGCACUAAAUUUCAUUACCCAUAGGCCUUUAGGAGCCUUUGGUUUCUGCUCUUCUGCAUUUUCCUGCAUUGACACCUACAGAUUUUAUGGAGACACAUUAAAGAGAUUCCUAUUUUUUUCAACUUUUUAUUUUAUUUUAAAGCGACUUCAUGUUCUUUUUGGGAUCUUAGUGAUGUAUGGCCAUUCCCAACUGCUACUGUGCAUAGGUGUGUCAAAGUCUGAAUAGGUGAUACCAACCUGCUGGGAUUUUCCAGAAAUCUUUAUUGUUGUCAUUUGUAUUUCUUACAAAAAUGAAAUGUAAGGUGAAACGAUUUGCUCAUGUUAUUGUAUUUCUAUUAAAUCAUUUUUUAAUAAAGAAAAUCAGCAGGG